ACAGUACUAAGUACCUGCUCAACAAAUUCAUCUUCUCAUCAUACCUAAAGUACUCAAGCUCUCACUUGAAGCCGCGGUAGCGAAUGAAGGGCCCUUCUACAUCAUCUUACUCCAUCACAUAACUUUAUACAAACCAGGGCACAACGACAUCACGGCAACUCGCCAGGAUGGAUCGCCCAGAGCCGGGUCUCAUCAGGUGGUCCCCGAACGCGGGGCGCGACCUUUUUCUUCACAUCAACCUCCAGCACCACGUCGUGCAGCUCCAUGAGCCGACAGGCUUCGCCCGGAAAGGCAAAUUCGAGUCGAGGACGCUCGGCAAAUAUGACGAACUACCCCCUCUUACCACCUUUGACUGGUCCCCCUCCGUGCCCGGCCUGGUCGCCGUGGGCACCUCGACCGGCGUUGUCAAUAUCUUGCGCGUCGAUGACAACUCAAACGCAGUCUUGGAUCUCAAUCUCAAAAUGUCCCGUACCUGUCAAGCUGUCGCCUUUAGUACCGCUGGAAAGCUUGCUGUUGCCCUGGACAGAGUGAGAAGUGAUAACUGCCUUUACAUCUGGGACGUCAACCGGCUAUCGACCAUGGAUACCAACGCCCAUGGGUUCAGCAGUGUAGUACCCUUUACCGAUCCCAUAGAUCGUCUUGAGCCCAGUGUGUCAGUAUCCAGCGUUAGGUUCUUCGAGGACAACCCCAAUGUCCUCGUGGCCGGUAUCAAGGGCCAGGGUCUCCGGAUACAUGAUCUAAGAGAACAAAGCCACAGCUCGGUCGUUCAUUUCCCCACCAAAUGUUGCAACAACCUUGCUAUUGACUACGCAGACCAGAAUUACUUUGCCUCCUCGGCCUUGGACCAGCCAGGUGUCAUGGUUUGGGACCGACGUGCAACCCACCGCCAGGUUGCAAGGCCCUCGUACAACGAGGCCGUUAAGGACGACGACUUACCCUGGGGCGGAGCCUUGCGUCUGGAAAAAGCGGUGCGCGUCCUUACUCAGGAUCCGGCCCAGGACACCAACACCUCCUACAUCCGUUCCAUUCGUUUUUGUCGAGACAAGCCCGGUAUGCUAGGCGUGCUAUCACGGGCCGGCCAGCUCCGAAUCUUGGACACGAGACAUGAAUAUGUGGAGCCUAGUGACCAGUUUGAGAACAGCCCGGAGCUACUCGAGGUAGCCAGAUCGUACGAGAUGGACCCUUUCUAUCUGGACAACACCCGCCACAAGCACGAGAAAAUCGUCUCCUUUGACUGGAUCACAAUGCCUUCACCCAUUGCCCAAGCCAGAAUGCUUGUCUUGAGGAAAAAUGGCAAUUUCGAUGUAUUGGAGAAACCGUCCUUUACGUCCGAGUACCCGUUUAAGCUUAUCCCGUGGCAAGCACCCCACCGAGGACUGGAAGGUAAAGAACCACCUGAAGAUUCGUCUUACCCUUGGCUCCCGGGCGAACAAAAAACUCACAAUGUUCUAGAAAGGAUAUCUUAUCAUCAAACCAUGGACUUCGAGAUUCCUCAAACGCAGGAAAUCCUGGGACCCUUCUUGACCGAGAAGGCGUUGGCAAAUAAGCAGCUAUUCGGGCCAGACAAGGCAAACCUUACUGCGGUUGUUGAAGACGCCAUGCAGUCGGACGUGUACACUGACCUGAUAGGCCCGGACGGGUUUAACAGGAUUAGCGAUUUGAAGUUCCCCGAGGGGUAUUCUACGACCGCGCCGAUUGCCGAGAAGUUGGCGGCCCUGAGGAUGACGGUCGGAGGAAGGUCACCAAACGGCUUGAACACGCGAGGUGAACCGUUAGGACAAUUGGAGCGCCAUGAGGACUUGCUAAUGAAACUCAUGGAUCGAAGCAACUUUCCUAGAGAGGCACAAGUGAUUCUCGACCAUACCAUGAUCUUCCGUGCAAAGGAAGGGUAUCUAUUCAACUAUAGAAGAAAUCAGCAGAUCGUAGCCGAUGACCCAUGGCUUCAAGACAUGUGGGCUUGGAUUACAGGAGCCGACGAAGCAGCUUCAGAUGGCGGGAUGAUGUCUCAUCCUCUUGAUUUGAGCUAUAUGGGAGUGUACGCAUUGUGGACAAACGAUCUUGGGAGCAAACCUCAAGCAAGGCUAUCAGACCACUCACAUGCUCCUGACCAAGCUGGUUGGGAGCGUUGCUUGAACGCCAUCAACAAGAAAUUGGGGCUCCCAAAGUUUGACGGCGUCGAUACGAAGCGUCCCCACCAUCGCGAAAUGUGUCUCGAGAUGUGCAAAUGGGGUCGAAACUAUGAUGCAGAUUUGAUCGAUGGACAAUCUACCUCCAGCCUGAGCAAAGACGCCUCAGUAUGGCACACAAUGGCGGCUGCUCAAGCCCUCUUCAGAGGCGAUACUAGGGGCGCUGUGCAAGUGCUCAAGCAAGCCAGCACCGAUCAUCCUGAACUCCUCUUUGUCUCUCUCGCACUGCAGCUCGUAGGAAACGUCACGCAAGAGGGAGACAGAAUGAACAAGAACAACGCUGUCAAGGAAGCGCUCGACUUUGACGAACGCGUGGCCUCCAAAACCGACCCCUAUCUGCGCGCAAUCUCAUCCAUUAUCGCCACGGGUGACUGGCUGACCAUUGCCAACCAACGCUCUCUCCCUCUCCGAGAUCGCGUGUACGUCGCCGUGCGCUAUCUCCCCGACGACGCCCUGACAGUUUGGCUCCGCGCCGAAACCGAAGCAGCCAUGGAGGCCGGCAACAUCGAAGGAAUCGUAUUGACCGGCAUCACGGACCCCCUCGUCGACAUCCUCGCCCGCUACGUAUCCAAGUUCGGUGACUUCCAGACCGCUACGCUCGCGCUAUCCAUCUGCUCACCGUGCUUCAUCGACGAUGUGCGCGCCGCAGCCUUCCGCACCGCCUACCGCGCCUACCUUCAGCGGCACCACGCCUUUUUCCUCCGCGCCAAGUUUGACGUCGAGUCAACCAAGCGGAGCAAGCACCAAGGUCGCCCGACUCUCAGGCCUCCAGGUCGUCAGAUCGCCCUGCGCUGCGUCUACUGCGAUGCCUCGACGAGUCUCCACACUCACAACAAUAGCUCCUCCACCAGCUCCAACACUAACGGCCACUUACCUGGAAACGCCUCCCCGUCUAUACCAAGCUUUAUGGUCCAACACGCUGCCGCCCAACAAGCCCAAGCCCAAGCCCAGGCCCAAGCCACCGCGGCCGCAGCGGCUGCAGCGCAGCAACAACCAACAUCUGGAACCUCGGGUAGUGGUGGCGGAGGCGUAACCACGUCCAACAUCCCGAUUCCUCCCCCGCCUCCUCCGCCCGACGCCCUGCAGCUCCCGCCGGCGGCUGCGGCGGCGCAAAGCAGUAAGAACCCCUUCACGGAGAAGAUGGUGCAAGCGGGCAUCUCCUGUCCGAACUGCAAACGUCACCUGCCGCGGUGCGUCGUCUGUCUAGAAAUCGUCGGCAUGCCGCGCAGUGACUUGCCGGGCUCUGGCGGUACGGAAGGGACGGGGACGAUGGGUAGAGGAGGCCCAGGAGGAUCAGGUACAGCUGUGGGAGGUGGUUACGGAGGAGGAGGAGCAGGAAUCCAAGCAGGUGGGACAAUGGGUAGUCUUCAUCACGGAGGCGAUCAUCUUUAUCAUCAGAUGUCGGCGGUGGACAUGACGAAUAAAAUGGCGGCGAGGUUUCCGACAUUUUGCUUGCAGUGUGAGCAUGUCCUGCAUUUAGAUCAUGCUAGGGAGUGGUUCGCUAGGCAUCAGGAGUGUCCUGUGCCAGAGUGUAGGUGUAAGUGUAACUUUAGGGCGAAUCCGGAGUUGAGGUAUCGGUAGAUGAGUGGGGAGGUGGAGGCAGGAGGGAGGGAAUGAGGGAGGAAGGAAGGAAGGCUAAAGGGAGAGAAGGUAAAACGGGUCGGUCACACAAAGGGGAUUCCACUGCUGGGUGAUACACUGUAGUGAGGGUUCUGGUAUGUAAGGGUGAUUGUCAUGUUGGCAUCAUACUUAUAAGUAU